CAUCACAGUCAUCAUCAUGGACAUUCCAGAAGGGGUCCUCUGCAUCCCAGUAAACCCCAUGGUCAUCAUCAUGGCCAUAGCCAUGAUUUGAGCUCCGUGAAGGCAAUUGCAUGGACAAUUGUGGCUGGAGAUGGUCUGCAUAACUUCUGUGAUGGUAUCGCUAUCGGUGCCUCCUUUGCUGUUGGUAUUAAUGGGGGUAUUUCUACUGCACUGACUGUUCUCUGCCAUGAAUUGCCUCAUGAACUUGGUCAGUGUGUAAAAUUGGCCAAUACUGCGUUGAGGAGUCGUGGUGGUGGUGGUGGUGGUGGAGGGCGGGGGGAGGGGGAGGUGGUGUGGUAUCGCUGA